AUGAGCGAGAAGAAGGAGGAUGCGGCAGCUUUGCUUGCAUCAUUGAAGAUAGACUCCAAAAAGGAGGCAGAAACUCCCAAGACCGAGACAACUGAGAAGAAAGAUGAUGCCAAGUCUGUCAGCAAUGACAGAAAGGAAGUGGCAGCGGGUUCGAAUCUGCUGAAGUCCGAGUAUGAAGUUAAAGUUAAAUUGGCUGAUCUGCAAGCGGAUCCCAACUCGCCUCUAUACAGCGUGAAAUCGUUUGAAGAGCUCGGUUUGGCACCUGAGCUGCUGAAGGGAAUAUACGCAAUGAAAUUCCAAAAACCGUCCAAAAUUCAGGAAAGAGCAUUGCCGCUAUUGCUUCAUAACCCACCAAGGAACAUGAUUGCACAAUCGCAGUCUGGUACUGGUAAGACUGCGGCGUUCUCUUUGACCAUGCUGACGAGAGUCGACGUCGCGUUGGGCGACGUGACUCAAGCCAUCUGUCUGGCUCCGUCGAGAGAACUGGCCAGACAAACCCUGGAAGUCAUUCAAGAGAUGGGCAAGUUCACUAAGAUAACCUCGCAACUGAUCGUCCCGGAUUCGUUCGCCAAAAACCAGCCUAUCAAGGCCCACAUCGUGGUCGGAACUCCCGGUACAGUGUUGGAUCUGAUGCGCAGGAAGCUCAUCAACCUGCCACAGGUCAAGAUCUUUGUGCUGGACGAGGCCGACAACAUGCUCGACAAGCAGGGUCUCGGUGACCAGUGUAUUCGCGUCAAGAAGUUUCUGCCCAAGACGGCCCAGUUGGUUCUGUUCAGCGCUACCUUCGACGAGUCCGUGAGAACGUACGCCAAGAAAGUGGUCCCCGACGCCAACACCCUAGAGCUGCAGAGGAACGAAGUCAACGUCGAAGCCAUCAAACAGCUAUACAUGGACUGCAACAACGAAGACCACAAGUACGAAGUGCUCUGCGAGCUCUACGGGCUGCUUACAAUCGGCUCGUCGAUCAUCUUCGUCUCCACAAAGAAGACCGCCAACCAGCUCUACGCCAGGCUCAAGCACGAGGGCCACCAGGUCUCGAUCCUGCAUGGCGACUUGCAAAGCCAGGAGAGAGACCGCCUCAUCGACGACUUCAGAGAGGGCAGAUCCAAGGUCCUCAUCACCACCAACGUGCUCGCCCGCGGUAUAGACAUCCCCACCGUCUCCAUGGUGGUCAACUACGACUUACCCACCCUGCCCAACCGCCAGCCAGAUCCCUCCACCUACAUCCACAGGAUCGGAAGAACAGGCCGUUUCGGCAGAAAAGGUGUGGCGAUCUCGUUCGUCCACGACAAGAAGUCCUACACAGUCCUAUCCUCGAUACAGAAGUAUUUCGGCGACAUCGAGAUGACUCGCGUUCCCACAGACGACUGGGACGAGGUCGAAAAGAUCGUCAAGAAGACCCUGAAGGAUUAG